AUGUCAAGAAAUUGUAACAAAGUAUUUUGCCCACUAUCUAAAAAUCAUAGAUCAGAUUUCUUGAAAACACCUGAGCAUCCAAUAGGAUUAGAACUAAAUAUUUAUUAUCCAUAUUAUGGAUUUGCUAUUGAAGUACAGAUACAACAUGAAAAAUAUAUCAAAUUCUUUCAUAAAGAAGAUCUUAAUAAUUUCAUCAAACAGCAAAAAUGGUAUCAACUUAAGAAAGAAUUAUGCAAAGAAAACUGGAUUGUUUUAAGAUAUAUUUGGUAUUACAAAAACCCAUAUGUAGUUAUUCCAGAGUAUCUGUGA